AUGCAAUUUUCCAAUUUAAGGUUUUUGUUAACCGUUAUAUUCUUGGGCAACUUUUUAGUAUCUGCCCAAGGAUUCCUGGAUUUUUUCCAGACUUCUCGUUCUGAUAACUCUACUAGAUCCAUUCAGAGUACCGAGACCAGUUCCAGCACUGAGAGCAGUUGGAAAACUACUUUGAAUUACGAUUCAUUGACAGUGGCAGAACCAUCCACGUUCUCGCUUUCUUCAAGCACGCACUCUAAGAGUCGUACGAGAAAUGGUAAUGGCGAUGAUGAUUCGAGUAGUACUUCAGGUACCACUUCUGUGUUGACUCCUUCAUCGAUCACCUCUUCUGCGAUCUCACGUUCUACCAGUGGAAAUGGUAUCCCAUCUUCUGAAUACUCGGCUUCCUCCUCGAGCACUGCAAGCGAUUCUGCUAGUGUAACUACUCUAUCCGGUUCCUCCGCUCUUUCUUCUGAGACUACCUCUUUUGGGACUUCUUCAGCUGAAGAUUCUUUUGUUACGACAACUGUUACUGAAACAGGUUCUGCUGAAAGCAGUAGUGAUACAGCUUCCUACAUCACCGAUUCUGCUUCUCAGGUUUCUUCUUCAUCAGUCCUCUCGUCCGUGGAAUCCUCUUCUACUGAACCAUCCACUUUUUCUGUUGUAACAUCAUCAAUUGAGCCUUCUUCAACUGAACAAAUUACUUCUGAUGAAACGUCCUCAAGUGAUGGUGGAUAUUUCGUUACAACUUUCACUUUCCCUCCUGUUACUUCUUCAACUGAAUAUUCCACUUCUGAUGAAACGUCCUCAAGUGAUGGUGGAUAUUUCGUUACAACUUUCACUUUCCCUCCUGUUACUUCUUCUACAGCAUCUGACGAAUCUAUCCCAUCAUCAACUACCGAUGAAUCCACUGGUAUUCAAUUCCCCACUUCGCGGUCCACAGAUGUUUCUUCGACUACUGAUGAAUCAACUGGAAUUUACUUCCCUACCUCAAAAUCAACAGAAGUUCCUAUAUCCACUACUGAGUCCACUGAUAAUGAUUUCUCCACUACAGAAUCAACAGAAGUUCCUAUUACCACCACUGAUGAAUCAACAAGAAUUUCUCUCUCCACUACAGAAUCGACCGAAAUUCCUACCACUACGGAAGAACCAACUCCUUCUACUACAAGUGCCGACAUCGUGGAACCAACUACCACUGAAAUUCCAUUAAGCACUACUAGUUUGGAACCUCUACCAGAAAGCAGUACCUCAGAAUCUAUUCCAGAGCCUUCAACCAGUACUAUCCUCACGGAGGAAACAUCAUCAUUGCCAAUUGAAACUUUAUCGACUUCUGAACCAUGGGCUACUGAUGACAUUCAAAUCUCUUCAUCAGUGUUACCUCCAUCUCAAGAUGUUGUCUCAUCAGAAACAGUGGUUAGUACAUCUGCUCCAUCAACAGAUACUGAGACAUUGGCUCCAACAAGUGCUACUACAUCACUUCCAAGCAUUGUUACCAAACCAAUUGAAGAACCAUCAUCAAGUACAAGCCAGGUUGGAAGCACUUCCGUAGUUUCUACCGUUGAACCAGUUGUUUCACUACCUUCCACUACUACAGAGCAGCCAGUGUCCACAACACAACAAGUUUGGUUGCCUACUACCAUGGUAGCAGAAUUCGAAACAUCUGGUACUCAAUCUACAUCUACCACAUCUUCAAAGAUCGCUACUGAAACAUUGCCUCAAGCUAUUACAGCUGCCACUGAAAUUGUGCAACCUGCAGGAUAUACGCUAAUUACCGUUGGAUUCAAGAAGGAGUUGAAUUAUCCAUUUACUGUCAACAAUCCCGUUUCUAACGCUCAAAUUUUUGAAUUUUUGCCAAAGGUUUUGAACUAUCCCUUCAAUGGGGCCCAAAAAUUCGAUAAUACUUCAGUUUUGGAGUUAGUUCCAUUAAAGGUUACAAGUUUAGAUUACCUUGUCACUGUUGCAAAAGUAUAUUUCCCAGAAGAUUCUGUCUCGACUCUUCAAGCGCAGAUUUUGAACUCUUCCAGUGUCAUUUACAAUAACGAUGUAACAGCAUUAAAACAGCUUUCAUCGUACAUUGAUGCCUCUAUUCCACUAACUGGUCUUGUCAGUUCAGAUUCUGGUUCCUUAAUUUCGUCAGAUUCUGACUCUGGAUCUGACUCUGACUCUGAUUCUAGCUCUAACUCUGACUCUGACUCUGGCUCUGGCGGAUCUGACUCGACUAAAGAGAAGUCGAGCAGCGGCAGUGCAAUUAACUUGGGUUCCUUAGACGAUCAAAACUACAACCCAGGAUCAAGCAACUAUUCCUCUAGUAGUUCAAGCAAAUCUUCUACAGGUACGAACGGGAAGACCAUCGGAAUUCUGGUUGGUUCCAUUGUCGGUGGUUUCUUGAUAGCCUUGGUUUGCAUCUGCUUACUUGCAGUGAGAAUUAGAAACAAGAAGAAGCAACUUCAAGCUAAUCCAAAUCUAGAUGACCAACAUUCUUACGACAGUUAUGAUUACGAAUCUUCGUUCGAUUUUAAUCCAGUUGUUGAAAAAGGUAACGUUAUGAACGACGACCAGGUGUCAAUCAGCCCAAGUGCUAAGAUUAAUAACUGGAUUGAUUAUAACACUUACAGCGAUUACCCUGAAGAUGCUGCUUCUGUCGCAAAUAAUGGGGAAAAACAACCUCAACUUUCAACAAAGACAUCUAGUUUGAAAAUUUCGAAACCAAUUGCCACAGAAAACUCAUUAGGUUGGAAUGACUUGUAA